AUGGUUUUCACCUCACAGCUCCCCUUACCCUCCCCACCGUCCACAGACGUCUUCAACUUCAUCUUCAACACGGGCCGGGACACAUACCCCCGCGACCGAGUCCUGUACCGCGUGCACGAAACAGGCGAAACACUCACCCUCGACGAGCUCGAAACCCGCAGCCGCCGGUUCGCACAGGUCCUCGCGACCAAGUACUCCAUCAAACCCAACGACGUCGUCGCAUUCCUCGCCAACAAUUCAAUCCAGUAUCCCAUCGCCUUCUUUGGUGUGUUGGCUGCCGGCGCAACCAUCUCGCCCAUCCCCGUCCAGACGGGGCUGGAUGUCCCCGCCGUCGUGCCGCGGCUCGAGCAGGCCGAUGCAAAGCUGAUCAUCACGGACAGUACGCUGGGCGGUCUCGCCAAGGGGGCAGCAGAGGCGUACAAGAACAUCCCGCUCGUCUCCCUGGACACCAUCCCCUCGGACCCGUCCAUCGCCUCCAUCACCGAGCUCCUCGAAGCCGAGUCCGCACCGCAUACGGGAUUCGUCCUGGUCACACACGAGGAAACCGAAUCUCACAACGCCUUCAUCUACCGCACCUCGGGCUCCAGUGGAACAAUCAAGUCCGUGCUAACGACACACGCCCACUGGGCCGCGAACCUGCUCACCACGAAACUCACCGUGCCCGCGGACACGGACCCGGCCACGGAUACCUGGAUCUCCUCCCUCCCCUUUGCAUACGGGAUCAACGCGAAGCUGAACCUGGGCCUGAACGUUCUCUUGGGUAUCCCCGUGAUCAUCGUGCUCAAGCCAUUCGACAAGGAGUCCCUCCACCUGAUCGAUACGUAUGGGAUUACCUUCCUGUUCGUCACGCCGCCGCUCGCGGCGCAGAUUGCCAAGGCGGAGAAGACAAGUGAGACCACCUUUAAGAGUAUAAAGUGGCUCCUCUCCGCGGGAGCCCCGCUGCACGAGAAGAUCCGCGAUGCGGUGCAGGACCGGUUCAAUGGGGUCCCACUAACGCUGGAAUGGGGCACGACCGAAACCCUGCUCAUCGCGCUGCAGAUCGACGAGAGGUCGCGCGUCCCCGGGUCCAGCGGGACGCUCGUCCACGGGAUCGAAGCCCGCGUGAUCGACCUCGAUUCCGGCGCUGACCUGGGUCCCGGACAGAAAGGCGAGAUCCUCGUCCGGAACACACUCGCGCGCUUCGCGGGGUACAAGGACAAUGCAGAGGCGAACAAGGAUUUCGACGAGGAGGGCUGGUUCCAUUCCGGGGAUGUGGGUUUUUUCGAUGAGAGGUCCAACGUCUUCAUCGUCGAUCGACUCAAGGAGCUCCUGCGUGUCGGCGACGGGUACGGGACGCACGUUUCCGUCGGCGAGUUUGAGGCCGUCCUCUUUGACCACCCGGCUGUUGCGACGGCCAUUGUCGUCGGGAUCCGGGAUGUCGAGACGCAGCAGGAGCAUCCGACGGCGUUUGUCAUUUUGCAACCGGGUGUUGAGCAGGAGAAGGACAAGGGGGAUCUUGCGAAGUUGGCGGUUGAGAUUGAGGCGUUUGUUGAGGAACGCCUUGGGUCGUUUAAGCGGUUGACAGGGGGCGUGUGGUUUGUGGAACGGUAUCCGACUGUUGGGUACAAGAUUAAUCGGCAGCGGCUGAAGAUUCUGGUGAGUCCUGGGGAGAGUAAUCGGCAGCAGAGGUGGGUGGAUGUGGGCGCUUAG